AUGAGUUAUCCUGCAAAGCUUUGCCUGACGGCUCAAUCAUUUAGCAGUACGCGUAGUGCGCUUUACGACCGCGCGAUUGAAAUGACGAACCUUAAAGCCGCGAACGCGUGGCUAGGGAAAGGCUCGACUACAGAGCACUGCAUUAGCGUGUCGAGAGAUCUCGUUGCCGAUGUUGUCACCAUGUCCAACAACAAAGAUCACGAUUCUCACAACCACAACCACGGUCCUGAUAUUAAACAGAAGCCGGAUAAGACCGCGAUCCCGGACAGUGAAGACGGCCGGGACUACUCCCCAGACGAUGACAACGUUUGCAAGCUUAGCCCGCUAUGCAGUAUCAAUCACAGGAUCCAGGUCACACUUCAGAAUGCUAUGAUCAGAGGCGUUGCAGCACUGCGAGAGACCUUGUUCUGGUUUUUACUGGGCCUAUGAAAUGCUCGUCUUCCUAUUCCUUUGCCAUUCUUUGCUUUCCUCAAGAUAGGUCAGUAUUCAAACCCUCUAGACUCGUUCAAUUCUCUCGUAGAUGUUUUCUUAUAAGCUAUACGAGUGCCACCAGAUACCAUGGUAUAUUCCCAAAACGCCUCAAGCAAACGUCCUGCCCAUUCCCCCAACAUAUCGACAGAUUGCCACACGCAGGCCAGAUAAGAAUUAGAUUAAGCCCUUCUACCCCAUAUCAACACCUUCCCACCAGCGAGCAUCCCUUGAAGGAGAAGAGAAUAUGACAGCUUCCGUCAAUAC